GCAAGCGGCGGAGGGAUCCCGCGGCGGCGCCCCGUGCGCGUGCGCAGCGAACAGCUGUCACCUAGUGCGGAACAAGUCUUCCAAAGAUCCCAAAGCCCUCGGGGAAGGCCGCACUUUUCCAUCCUCCUUCGUUCCGGAGGCCUCUGGGCCUCUGCCCGCGGCGCAGAGACAUCAUGGAGGUGGUGGAGGUGGAGAGUCCUCUGAAUCCCAGCUGUAAGAUAAUGACCUUCAGGCCUUCCAUGGAGGAGUUUCGGGAGUUCAACAAGUACCUGGCAUACAUGGAGUCUAAAGGAGCUCACCGAGCAGGUCUUGCCAAGGUGAUUCCUCCUAAGGAGUGGAAGCCAAGACAAUGCUAUGAUGACGUUGAUAAUUUACUUAUCCCAGCACCAAUUCAGCAGAUGGUCACAGGGCAGUCGGGACUGUUUACUCAAUACAACAUCCAGAAAAAAGCCAUGACGGUGAAGGAGUUCAGGCAGCUGGCUAACAGUAGCAAAUACUGUACUCCAAGAUACUUGGAUUAUGAAGAUUUGGAACGCAAAUACUGGAAAAACUUAACUUUUGUGGCACCUAUUUAUGGAGCAGAUAUUAAUGGGAGCAUAUAUGAUGAGGGGGUGGAUGAAUGGAAUAUAGCUCGCCUAAAUACAGUCUUGGAUGUGGUUGAAGAAGAGUGCGGUAUUUCUAUUGAGGGUGUAAAUACCCCUUAUCUGUAUUUUGGAAUGUGGAAAACAACAUUUGCAUGGCACACUGAGGACAUGGAUCUCUACAGUAUUAAUUAUCUCCACUUUGGGGAACCCAAGUCUUGGUAUGCUAUACCUCCGGAACAUGGAAAGCGACUUGAAAGACUAGCUCAAGGUUUUUUCCCCAGUAGUUCCCAAGGCUGUGAUGCAUUUCUCCGCCACAAGAUGACACUGAUUUCUCCCUCAGUUCUGAAGAAAUAUGGCAUUCCUUUUGACAAGAUCACGCAGGAAGCUGGAGAGUUUAUGAUCACUUUUCCUUAUGGAUAUCAUGCUGGUUUUAAUCAUGGUUUCAAUUGUGCUGAAUCUACAAAUUUUGCUACUGUCAGAUGGAUUGACUAUGGAAAAGUUGCUAAAUUGUGCACUUGUCGGAAUGACAUGGUGAAGAUAUCAAUGGAUAUAUUUGUGAAGAAAUUUCAACCAGACAGAUACCACAUUUGGAAACAAGGAAAGGAUAUAUAUACUAUUGACCAUACAAAGCCCACUCCAGAAUCUACCCCAGAAGUAAAAAUAUGGCUACAGAGGAGGAGAAAGUUAAAAAAAGCUUCCAGGAGCUUCCAGGGCAAUAGGUCACUUUCUAAGAGGCCUAAAACUGAGGAGGAUGAAGAACCUACUAAAUCCAAUGGGGAGGAGGUCUCAAACCCUGCCAGGUGCCCAGGGCCCCUCAAGGUCACUGAAAGGCCAGAAAAAACAUUUAAACUGGGGAACACAGAAGCAUCUUCAGAAGGAGAAACUUCAGAUACCAGAACACAAGUAUACCCACACUUACUGAAUGACAGCGAACUCUCAGGAAAAAGCUGUACCAGUUCACCUGUAAUAGAUGAAAUACAACCUGGAGAUGAGACAACUGAUGCUGUAACUUCCCCAUCAAUGCCCAAGAAGGUCUGUGACUUCAUAUCAUUUCCUAGUGGCCAUAUAACAGGCAAGGAGUCACAUCUACUUAAGAUUCUACGGCCUGAGUCUCCCAAGAUGUCUUCUUCCCUGGCAGAAAGUAAUAAAGUAUUGACAGAGGAAGAAGACAAUGAUGAUGAGAGCCGUGGAAGUAACCUGGAACCUGCGAAAAUCCCAGAAGCUCCUAGUGAAGAGAGAAAUGGGCUUAAAGUUUCUAAGAUAAUAGAAGACCAGCCAAAAACUACUAAGAGUUGGCGCCAUCCACUUGGUAAGCCUCCAGCCCGAUCCCCAAUGACUGUUGUGAAGCAGCAGGUAGCCAGUGAUGAAGAGUUGCCUGAGAUUCUAAACAAUGAUGAAGAAGUUGAAGAAACAGAGUGUUGGGCAAAGCCUCUUAUCCACCUUUGGCAGACAAAGUCUCCUAAUUUUAUGGCUGAACAGGAGUAUAAUGCAGCUGUGGCAAAAAUGGAGCCACACUGUGCAAUCUGCACUCUUCUCAUGCCGUACUACAAGCCUGAUAGCAGCAAAGAAGAAAAUGAUUCUAGAUGGGAGGCAACAAUAAGUGAAGUAGUUACCGCUGGAAGGAAGACUAAACCCAUUAUUCCAGAGAUGUGUUUUAUUUAUAGUGAAGAAAAUAUAGAAUAUUCCCCUCCAAAUGCCUUCCUUGAAGAGGAUGGAACAAGUCUUCUGAUUUCCUGUGCCAAGUGCUUCGUGCGGGUUCAUGCAAGUUGUUAUGGUGUCCCUUCUCAUGAGGCCUGUGAUGGAUGGCUGUGUGCUCGGUGCAAAAGAAAUGCAUGGACUGCAGAAUGCUGCCUCUGCAACUUGAGAGGAGGUGCUCUUAAACAGACUAAAAACAAUAAGUGGGCCCAUAUCAUGUGUGCUGUUGCAGUCCCAGAAGUUCGAUUCACUAAUGUUCCAGAAAGGACACAAAUAGAUGUAGACAGAAUACCUUUGCAGAGAUUAAAAUUGAAAUGCAUCUUCUGUAGACACCGAGUUAAGAAGGUUUCUGGAGCCUGCAUCCAGUGUUCCUAUGGCCGCUGCCCAGCUUCAUUCCAUGUCACAUGUGCCCAUGCUGCUGGGGUACUCAUGGAGCCUGAUGACUGGCCUUAUGUGGUAAACAUCACAUGCUUCAGACAUAUAGUCAACUCAAAUCUGAAGUCCAAAACUUGUGAGAAAGCCAUCUCUGUGGGUCAGACGGUCAUCACAAAGCAUCGGAACACUCGGUACUACAGUUGCAGAGUUAUAGAUGUGACAUCUCAAACUUUCUAUGAGGUCAUGUUUGAUGAUGGCUCCUUCAGCAGAGACACAUUUCCUGAGGAUAUUGUGAGUCGAAACUGUGUGCAGCUAGGUCCUCCUGCUGAGGGAGAAGUCAUCCAAGUCAAGUGGCCUGAUGGUAAACUUUAUGGGGCAAAGUAUCUUGGAUCAAAUGUCGCCUACAUGUAUCAGGUUGAAUUUGAAGAUGGAUCACAGAUAGCAAUGAAGAGAGAAGACAUAUACACUUUAGAUGAAGAGUUACCCAAGAGAGUAAAGGCUCGUUUUUCCACAGCCUCCGACAUGCGAUUUGAAGACACAUUUUAUGGGGCAGAUGUAAUCCAAGGGGAGAGGAAGAGGCAAAGAGUGCUGAGCUCCAGGCUUAAGAACGAAUAUGUGGAUGACCCUGUGUAUCGCACUUUCCUGAAGAGUUCUUUCCAGAAGAAGUGUCAGAAGAGACAGUAGUUGAUAACCUGCUGUGUACUAAGCAGUUCGGACUGCAGAGGGAAGACAAAGGAACAGCCAUGGGGUAUGCACUGGGACAAGUGGCUGGGUGCUUCUCUGGCAUUGGUUUGGUUACCAAACAACCAGGAAGAGACCUAUUAAUUGCUUUUAUAAUCUGAUCAUCCCCUCAGUCCUCCAUUUGACCACAAAGAAUAUUUCUAAGUGAAGGGAAAUAACAGUGUAUAGCCCACUAGAUAAAAAUCCUUUCUACCACAGAAGAGGGUGUUCCUUCUCUGUGGCUCAGGUCCCUCCUCAGGGAAUAUAUAUGGAGGCUCCUGUCUCCCAACUUCUUUAGUGAAAGCCUCAUCACCCAAGGAGGGUGAUAAUUUAUGUGUUUUCCACAGCCAGGGAAAGACUCUCACAUUUGUUUUAAGUGGCAGUUUUUAUAAAACAUUUUUAAAACACAAAUGGCAUGUAUG